GGCUCCCAGCAGAGACGCCCUCGAAUUUGUUUGCUUUUUUUUUUUUCAGUUGAUCGUUGACGCUUGAUGCCUUUUGGCUGAUCCAUUUGUGGUUUCAGGGUGAAAACAGAGUUGGGUGCUGUGGAAUAGGUGAGGUUAACCAGAAGUGGUCUUGUGUUAAUUGUUUAUGUUUCCGACUGGUCAGGGGGAACAAGCGCUCCGCGUUACACGAAUGAGGGCAAGAGAUGUGAAUUGUUUGACUCUCAAGAAAAUGCGCCAUUGAAAGGAGUGGUAACUGGGGUAGCGGUAAAUGUAAAAGUUAACCAACUGAAAGGGAAGAUUCCCGGUGUUUGUGAUACUCGUUGUUUGGUACGUCGCAAACAGGGUGGGGUGAGUGCUGAAACAGAAGAGUCGUUGUCUGUUUUUUUAAAUGUUGAUGUUGAGUCUUUGCCCGACAAAGUGAUGUUAGGAUAUAUAAGUUAUCGCAUACAAGCUUUUGUACCGAAUACAUAACGUUUUUACAGGUGUCGAGCUUUUGGGAAAGUAGUGGUAUGUGUAAAUUUUAGGGGUGCCCAUGGGGCUGGGGAUCAAAAAUGUCCCAUGUGAGAGAAGCAGGUUGAGGUUUCCAGGAUUAGAGUAGUGAGGAAGUUGUCAUAUGCUGAGGCAGUGAAGAAAGUAGAGGAAGAUGGGUCAAGGAGGUGAGAUCCUGAGAGGAGUGGUGUGAGUAGUAGAACUGUACCAGUACAGAGGGAUAGGCCAACAAAUUAUAUAAACUCAGCAAAAAAAGAAACGUCCUCUCACUGUCAAGUGUGUAUAUUUUCAGCAAAUUUAACAUGUGUAAAUAUUUGUAUGAACAUAACAAGAUUCAACAACUAAGACAUAAAAUGAACAAGUUCCACAGACAUGUGAGUAACAGAAAUUGAAUAAUGUGUCCCUGAACAAGGGGGGGUCAAAAUCAAAAGUUACUGUCAGUACCUGGUGUGGCCACCUGCUGCAUUAUGUACUUCAGUGCAUGUCCUCCUCAUGGACUGCACCAUAUUUGCCAGUUCUUGCCUUGAGAUGUUACCCCACUCUUCCACCAAGGCACCUGCAAGUUCCCAGACAUUUCUGGGGGGAAUGUUCCUAGCCCCCAGCCUCCGAUCCAACAGGUCCCAGACGUGCUCAAUGGGAUUGAGAUCCGGGCUCUUCACUGGCCAUGGCAGAACACUGACAUUCCUGUCUUGCAGGAAAUCACGCACAGAACGAGCAGUAUGGCUGGUGGCAUUGUCAUGCUGGAGGGUCAUGUCAGGAUUAGCCUGCAGGAAGGGUACCACAUGAGGGAGGAGGACGUCUUCCCUGUAACGCACAGCGUUGAGAUUGCCUGUAAUGACAACAAGCUCAGUCCGUUGAUGCUGUGACACACCACCCCAGACCAUGACGGACCCUCCACGAACCCAGUGCUCCAAGAGCACUUUUUGCCAGUCCUGUCUGGUCCAGCGAUGGUGGGUUUGUGCCCAGAGACGAAGUUGUUGCCUGUGAUGACUGGUGAGGACCUGCCUUACAACAGGCCUACAAGCCCUCAGUCCAGCCUCUCUCAGCCUAUAGCGGACAAUCUGAGAACUGAUGGAGGGAUUGUGCGUUCUUGGUGUAACUCGGGCAGUUGUUGUUGCCAUCCUGUACCUGUCCCACAGGUGUGAUGUUCGGAUGUACCGAUCCUGUGCAGGUGUUAUGACACGUGGUCUGCCACUGCGAGUGUAACAGUAUAACUUUAGACCUCCCCCUCGCCCAUACACGGGCGCGAACCAGGGACCCUCUGCACACAUCAACAGUCACCCACGAAGCAUCGUUACCCAUCGCUCCACAAAAGCCAGAGCAAGGGGAUCCACUACUUCAAGGUCUCAGAGCAAGUGACGUUAUUUAGCGCGCACCACCGCUAACUAGCUAGCUGUUUUGCAUCCGUUACACGAGACCGAUCAGCUGUCCAACCUGCCUCCCUGUAGCGCUGUCUUAGGCAUCUUACAGUACAGACAUUGCAAUUUAUUGCCCUGGCCACAUCUGCAGUCCUCAUGCCUCCUUGCAGCAUGCUUAAGGCACGUUCACGCAGAUGAGCAGGGACCAUGGGCAUCUUUCUUUUGGUGUUUUUCAGAGUCAGUAGAAAGGUCAUUAAUUGUUUAUGGUUCAUUGAACAAGCAUGGGAAACAGUGUUUAAAACAUUUACAAUGAAGACCUGUGAAGUUAUUUGGAUUUUUACGAAUUAUCUUUGAACGACAGGGUCCUGAAAAGGGGACGUUUAUUUUUUUUCCCGAGUUUAUAUUUCAGUAAGAUUGGAUUUUUAGAAUUUAUAGCAAUGGUUGUCAACUGUACUGCAGGGAUGGAACGUAAGUCACAAAAAAUGUAGGUUGUGGUGGCAGCUGCAGAGAGGUAUUUGGGUGUGCUAGACUUGACGUCAGCAUACCACCCUGCAUCCCACUGCUGGUUUGCUUCUGAAGCUAAACAGGGUUGGUCUUGGUCGGUCCCUAGAUGGGAGAUCAGAUGCUGCUGGAAGUGGUGUUGGAGGGCCAGUAGGAGGCACUCUCUCCUCUGGUCUAAAAAAAUAUCCCAAUACUCCAGGGCAGUGAUUGCCCUGUGUAGCGUGCUGUCUUUCGGCUGGGACGUUAAAUGGGUGUCCUGACUCUCUGGGGUCACAAAAUUACUAUUAUUUUUUAUUACUAUGUUAUUUAUUUAUUUUAAUUGUGAGUGUAGUGUUAGAUGGUAGGGUAAUAGUUUAUUUAUUUAUGUUUUCAAGCAAAGUAUAAGGGUUGUACUCCGGUCUAGUAGGUGGCGGUAAUGAAACAUUUAUUGGAUGCCAACCGCCGUUAAACCUCAUCGAGGAAGAAAAACAAGUUGACGUCUGAUUUAUACUUCUGUGUUCUAAGUGAAAGGUUGAGAUCGAAGCUCAGUGACGGGAAAUCAAAGCUGUGUAAAGGAAAUAACAGUAACCAUGGCCCCAACAUUGUAUGAUAAGAAGCCGGAGCCAGGGGAUCUGAUAGAGAUAUUCAGAGGGAACUACCAGCACUGGGCUUUGUACGUUGGUGACGGCUUUGUUGUUCACCUGGCCCCACCCUCCGAGGGACCUGGGGCCAGGGCCAACAGCAUGAUGUCUGUGCUCAGUGACAAGGCUAAGGUGAAGAAGGAAGAGAUCUGGGACGUGGUGGGGCAUGAUCAGUGGUGCGUAAACAACCAGCUGGAUGAGAAGUACCAGGUCAGACCCAUACAUGAGAUACUGAGGGAAGCCCAGGCCUAUGUGGACCAGGAGAUGCCCUACUGUGUCUUCAGGGGGAACUGUGAGCACUUUGUCACAGAUCUGAGAUAUGGGAAGGCUGAGUCUCGACAGGUUCGUCAGGCUGUGGAAACUGCGGGAAUGGCUGCAAUGUUGGGCUUCGGAGUCCUUGCUGUUGCAGGUAUCGCAGCGGCCAUCUUUGGAGGUGGAAGCAAGAAGAAGAAUGAAGAAAAAUAAGAAGAUAAGUGACCAACUGUAUAAUAGCUUCCUGAGCAAGCCAGUCACCAAUAAGCCUAAUAGAUUAUUUUUUUAACUACAGUACUGCCAUCGUCACUUGUAUAAUUCUGGGGCUUUCAGAAGGAAGGGUUGAGUAUUUCCAUAAUAUUUUUCUUUUUUUUAUAGUUACACAGACAUGAAUUGAAAGCACAAAAGGAGGAAAAGUGUCUGGUUAUAAUUCCAAGGUAUAUACAGCCUUGGAGGGGCCAUAACCUUGCAGGCUGCUAGACUAAGCUAGCUGUUUUUUUAUUUUAUGUUGUUACUUAUAAGCAGUGGUGGAAAAAGUACCCAGUUGUCAUACUUGAGUAAAAGUUAAGAUAACUUAAUAGAAAAUGACUCAAGUGAAAGUCACCCAGUAAAAUACUACUUUAGUAAAUGAUUUAAAGUAUUUGGCUUUAAAUAUACUGAAGUAAAUGUCAUGGAUAAAAUGUACUUAAGUAUCAAAAGUAAAAGAAAACCGGACUGCAUCAUUACCCUAUGUCGUUUGGUAGGUAAGUCACAUAUACAGACCCAUGCAUGAAGACUAUCAGUCUUAUUUCUGCAGUGUGACAGCUCAUAUAAAACAUUCCUAACCCAUUUAUAUGUCAAAUAAACAUUCAGCAUAUACACACACUUUAUAUAGUUUUUUUAGACAAUUUGAAUAUGUUUAAUCCUAACAGUAGUAAUUAUCGUGUUAUGGGUCAGUUGGAAUGGUUGAUGUGCAUUGUGUUUGGGGACAGGUAAAGUACAAAGGCUGAGUACCAGAAUGAUUCCAUGAGGGUUGAAUAGGAGCCAUGUGUCUGGGGUUAAGGCUGAUGGAUCCUAAUAUCUGUUCCAGAGCACUGUCUAAUAUCGUUACAGUUUUAUAUCAUUAUAUACUCUUAAUAUGAAUAUAUAGAUCUUUUAUAUUCUUAGAGAAUGAAGGUAGUGUUAAGUUUCAGCUCUUUGUGUAUGAGAAGUGUAAUUAUCUAGUGGACUGCAGUCGACUGUAGGAAUGUGUACUCCCAAUAACUAAGGCGCGGAGGAGCAGGAAGGUUCCGGACUUAGGCUGGGACACGAGAACACCAAGAGGAGGAACAGACUCAGUUCCUGUCCAGAAACAGAGACUGAUUAUUUAUCUUAGAAAUACAAGGAGGUGACAGCACCUAGUCGGAAGGUAUACAUAUACAGUAUGUCCUUGUGUGACCUCUAGGUGUGCUGUGCAGCUGCAACACCCACUGUGGUGAAUAAAUCUAGCUUGAGUUUC